UAAAAAUGGCACGCUGACAUGCGCUGCUUGGAUUGCUGCAGCACUGGUCGGCACUGAACUGAAGACAAAUCGUAGUGACCACUGAUUUCUAGUGAUACUGCUUCCAAUUAAAGGCACAUACGUUUGAUUGAACUAUUCAGAUGAUCCGAAAUAAUAUGGAGGGAACAUCUCAAGACGACCCAAGAAGCAAAUUGGGAAUGGAUAUUUUUCUCUCCCAGCAUAAAGGUUUCCGCGGAGAGAUUAAGACAUACCCAGAAGACUUCCGCGUAACUGAAGUCGACUUGUGUGGGAAGUUAGUGAGACUACAGAGGGAAGAAGCUGAUAAAAGUACCUCGACCCCAAGUGAUAAUCAGAUUUGCCUCGGAGAGAGUGAUGUAAGGAAACCUGGGGAGGAGGUGGACAAAGUUCUGAACCCAAGAACUGAAGAGUGCCCAAGUACUUCAUCCACAGACGAACCUCUCAUCUUUGAUGAGUUGACAGACUUUAAGGAAAUGGCAUCCACCCUUGAAAAGGUUGUCGGGCAGGAAGCAAUGGAUGGUUUGGCAAAUUUUUCAAAACAAGAAUUUGAUUGCAAUGAGCAAGUCUGCCCUUCAAUUACAUCAACAACUUCAGAGGUUCAUGAUCGUCAAGCUUUAAGUCCAAAAGUUGUCCUAGCAGAAAAUCCAACAACUUCGGAAGUUCAUGAUCACCAAGCUUUAAAUUCAAAAGUCGUCGCAGUAGAGAGUCAUGGCGACGAUUUUGCAGCAGGUUUCAAUUUGGGUGAAAUAUCGGGAAAGGAUGAGCGAACUUUUACUCACAAAGCUGUGCAGUGUCUCUACCCGCACUUGAAGACAGCUGCCACGAGGCAAGCUGGUAACAUGUUCCACGAUGUGCAAGUUUUCACCAACCCCAUCUAUUGGGAGUUUCAAAAACUUCUGUCCAACCCUCAAACUGAGAGAGUAGUUCGCUUCGCUUGUUCAAAGUUUUCAACUGCGACGGUUUCCGUUGGCUCAUCACUCGAUAAGAAACAGAGGACUUCACUUCAUGGAUUGAUCUCGAAACACUUUGGGAAGUUUCUGGAGAGUAAGACUUGUGAGAGAGCCGGGACGCAAGAGGUGGUUAUUCGUUUCAGAGAGAGGUACAGUCAGAAGGGGCGGGGCAGAGGUGUGAAGAGGAAGGGUGGUGCACUGGAGGAGCCUGCUGCAUCUGGUGAUGGUUACACUGGUUUUACGUUGAGGAAAGAAAACUUGGAAACUCUGGACGCUCUUCAGCAACUUGGACAAGCCUUGAAGGUCCAGGCGUCGGACUUUAGUUACGCUGGAAUCAAAGAUAAAAAGGCAGUCACACUCCAGUCAGUUGCCGUCAAGGGUGUCAACCAAAAAAGGUUUCAUCAGUUGAUCUGUGCUGGGAUAAUUCGAGGGAUUACAGUCGGUAAUGUACAACCCCUCACUAAAGCCAUUCACCCAGGAGAUCUGACUGGCAAUGUGUUUGAUAUACUAAUCCGUGAUGUUUCUUGCCACGACACGGAGCAGCACCAGCAGAAGGAUGAUGGAGCCCUCUUGUGGCAGGAAUUAGCCAGUUGCUUUAAAGGUAUCCAGGAGCGAGGGUUUGUGAAUUAUUUUGGAGAGCAGAGGUUUGGACAGUCGUGUAAUGGCGAGAGCCAAUCGGCUGCAAUCGGGCAAGCAAUACUUGCAGGGACAUAUCGAGAAGCUAUCAAGUUGAUUCUCUGCCCAGACGGCGAGAGGAACAAUUCCGCAAAAAAUGCUAAGCGUCAUUUUCACGAGACCCACAACGCAAAAGAGGCCCUCGCCCUGAUGCCCAAGAACAAAACCCGCGAGUGCAUCAUCCUCAAGGCAUUACACAGACAUGGCCUGGACAGAGGCGGAUGUGUGAGGGCGCUGUACUGCAUCCCACACGGACUGCGGCAGUUCUACAUUCAUGCCUUCUGCAGUUUGGUGUGGAACCAUAUGGCUAGUGAGAGAUUGAGGUUGUACGGGUGCAAGGUUGUAGCCGGGGACCUGGUGCUGAUGGGGAACGACAAGCAGGGGACUAGGGAUAAGAUUCACGAGGUCUCCGAAGAGGAUGUCCAAAAUGCUGUCUUUUCCAUCCAGGAUGUUGCCUUGCCGUUGCCCGGCAACAGCAUCCGGUAUCCAGGCAACAGGGUGGGCGAUGCUUACAAGGAUUACAUGGAGAAGGUGGAUUUAGGAUCAUGCACAUAUCGCGUAACAGAUCUUCAGGUGAACAUCCCGGGGGAUUAUCGGCGGCUCGUAAGACGACCAGAAGAUCUCCACUGGCAGCUUGAGAGGUCUGGAGAAAGUUCAGGUCAAAGUUCAGGUCAAAGGUCAUAUAGGGAUAUCUCAGAUACUGAGCUCCUGAGACGACCCGAAGAUCUCCGCUGGCAGCUCGAGAAAUCAGGAAAAAGUUCAGGUCAACGGUCAGAUGGGGAUAGGUCGAAAACUGAGAGAGCUAAGAUUGGAUCUCCGUCUCGGGACGAUGAAUGUCGUUUUGAUGGGGACAAAUAUCCAACAUUGAACGGUGAUCUCGACAGCUCCGGUCGGGCCUUGAACACGAACUAUCCCAAAAGCAUCUCUGAAAUUCUGCCUUUGACGGAAAGUGCCCCCCUUAAAAUAGAACAAGAUUUCUGUAAGAAACCUGAUAGCCAUUUACUGGUAAAUACAAGGAAUUUGAGAAUAAAAUUUAAGCUGCCAACCUCGACUUAUGCAACUGUAUUUCUCAGAGAACUAAUGAAAAGAUGAGAUGACAAAACUACUCCCAUGGACUUCCUUAGUACUUAAAGAAAGAUCUUGUGAUGAGACCACUACAAUGACUCUUUUAAGAGCGUUGAGAAUACAGUCAGCUCUCGUUAAAGGCAGUGGACACUAUUGGUAAUUACUCAAAAUAGUUAUUG